UCCAACUGGAGGCUCCUCCGCAGCGAUGUGAGGUGAAUACAGAGAGGAGGGGGAGAGAGAGAGAGAGAGAGAGAGCAGAGGGUGAACACUCAGUCCAACACUCAUCAGGAGCAGCAUCAUGGCACCUAUCGGAUUAAAGGCGGUGGUCGGCGAAAAGAUUAUGAAUGAUGUAAUCAAGAAGGUGAAGAAGAAGGGAGAAUGGAAGGCGCUGAUUGUGGACCAGCUGAGCAUGAGGAUGUUGUCAUCUUGCUGCAAGAUGACAGACAUCAUGACAGAAGGAAUCACCAUUGUGGAGGAUAUCAAUAAGCGACGAGAGCCUCUUCCCAGCCUGGAGGCCAUUUUUCUGAUUACGCCCACAGAGAAGUCUGUCCACAGCCUCAUUGCAGACUUCAAAGACCCUCAUUCAGCAAAAUACAAGGCAGCCCAUGUUUUCUUCACUGACUCCUGCCCUGAUCCUCUGUUCAACGAGCUGGUGAAGAGCCGUGCUUCCAAAACCAUCAAGACUCUGACGGAGAUCAACAUCGCCUUCUUGCCCUAUGAGUCUCAGGUGUACUCGCUGGACAAUGCAGAUGCCUUCCACAGUUUCUACAGCCCCCAUAAGACCCAGCUGAAGAACCCGGUGAUGGAGAGGCUGGCCGAGCAGCUCGCCACACUCUGCGCCACCCUGAAGGAGUACCCUGCUGUCAGAUACCGAGGCGAGUACAAGGACAAUGCCACUCUGGCCCAGCUGGUUCAGGACAAACUGGACGCCUACAAGGCUGAUGACCCCACUAUGGGGGAGGGUCCAGAUAAGGCUCGUUCACAGCUGAUCAUCCUGGACAGGGCGUUUGACCCCGUUUCACCUGUCCUGCAUGAGCUCACCUUCCAGGCCAUGGGCUACGACCUGCUGCCCAUUGAAAACGACGUCUACAAGUAUGACACCAGCGGCAUCGGAGACGCUCGUGAGAAAGAGGUUCUGCUGCAUGAAGACGAUGACCUGUGGGUUAGCCUGAGACACAAACACAUAGCUGAAGUGUCCCAGGAAGUGACACGCCAGCUGAAGGACUUUUCUGCCAGCAAGAGGAUGAACACUGGAGAGAAGACCACGAUGAGGGAUCUGUCCCAGAUGCUGAAGAAGAUGCCUCAGUACCAGAAGGAGCUCAGCAAAUACUCAACUCAUCUGCAGCUGGCUGAGGACUGCAUGAAGCAUUACCAGGGAACAGUGGACAAGCUGUGCCGUGUGGAACAGGAUCUGGCUAUGGGCACAGACGCUGAGGGAGAGAAGAUCAAAGACCCCAUGAGGGCCAUCGUGCCCAUCCUGCUGGAUGCCAACGUCAGCACAUAUGACAAAAUCCGCAUCAUCCUGCUCUACAUUUUCCUCAAGAACGGCAUUACGGAGGAGAACCUGAACAAGCUGAUCCAGCAUGCUCAGAUCCCCCCUGAGGACAGUGAGAUCAUCACCAACAUGGCUCACCUGGGCGUCCCCAUCAUCACAGACUCCACCCUCCGCCGAGGAAAGAAGCUGGACAGGAAGGAGCGCGUGAGUGAGCAGACCUAUCAGCUGUCCCGUUGGACACCACUGGUGAAGGACAUCAUGGAGGAUGCCAUUGACGAUAAGCUGGACACCAAGCACUACCCAUACAUCUCCACCCGAUCCUCUGCCUCCUUCAGCACCACUGCAGUCAGUGCUCGGUACGGCCACUGGCACAAGAAUAAGACACCUGGAGAGUAUCGCACCGGGCCACGUGUCAUGGUCUUCAUCAUCGGCGGCGUGUCCUUCAGUGAGAUGCGCUGCGCCUAUGAGGUCACACAGGCCAAUGGGAAGUGGGAGGCCAUCAUUGGUUCCACCCACAUGCUCACCCCCACCAAAUUCUUAUCGGACCUGCAGCACCCCGACUUCCGAGAGUCAACUAGGGUGUCCUUUGAGGACGCAGACCCCUCAGCCGAGUGAGGCAGAGACAGAUUGGGAGGGAGGGAGAGAGAAAUCACACUGAAAAAAGAUCAACCAACAUCUUCACCCCCACCACCCUGCUGGAGCAGCUCAAGGCCAUGAACAAACCAGACGAGGAAGUGACAAGCUAAAAUCCUCCAAUCACAUCUCUCUCGUCUUUACCUUAACCCUGUCCCUUUCUCCUUCUACCCAUCUUACCUCUGUCUCCUGCCCCCACACAAAUCCUACAUGAAUUGUGUAUGCAUCUUGCUUGAGAAGAAAAAAAAAAGACAUCUUAGAUGAUAAAAAAAUAUAUAUGUUGUAUCAAAGAAUAAAAUUGUUGCAAGUAUUCUCAUGUUUUACAAUGGAUGCAACUAAAUAAACUUAUUUAAAAAGGUUUAAAUAUCAGAACAGAAGGCCAUUUAAAACUGAAAGUACCAAAAUGUAAUAUUGUAUGCUAUGAAACCUGCUAGAGUGUGUAAAAGGUAGACAUUUUCUCUUGUUUGAUCCUUUGGGUUUCCUCCUUGGUGUGAGUUUUAUUGGAAGCAGGUGGAGGAGGGAUGUCUAGUUUGAGAGGUUGAUGUUGUAAAAUAUAUCAUAUCAGUCAACAUGCAAUAUAUAUAUAAAUAUGUUCAUCAGAGAGGAGUCCCUAACCCCCUUCCCCUUUACCCCUGCCCAUUUGAGAUGUUCGUAUUCAGUAGCAUGCUUGGACUUGUGUGGACUGUUAAUGUGUUUGUAUCCAGUGUGGAUGUUCUGGGAGCCGCAGAGCAGCUUAGCAUUUAGCUUUUUCCUAACACGUUGAGCUUGAAUACUCCACUGAAAAGUUUUGUUUUGAGUAUCGAAAAAAGUAUAAAAGUGUGUGCUUUUAAAAAACUUUUCAAACCCCUCCUGAUGCAUAAACCACUACACCAAACUGUUGCCGGUUUAAUAGGGACGUCUUACCAAAACCUUGGCAAUGUGACCAUAAAAUGGUUACUCAAAAACUCAUUCAUAAAAUGUGGGUAAGAUAUUUUUAUUUAUGUAUGUGGAAUUUAAAUGAAUCAUUGGCUUCCAGUGUUUGAUACUCAAAAGAUACAUUUUCGGUGAAGUAUUUGUUUUAAAGCGCUUGGUUUAGCAGAUGUUGGAAAGAGAAAGAGCUCUGUAAAAAGCCAGAAUCAUCCCUCCUCCGGCUGCCGAGACUGUAAAGUAUUUACUUGCCACAAACUUUUCCUUUCUCCGGAGAAACUUCACGUUUUAAUGUCGAAAAGGCCGUUGCUUGCUGAUAUUAAAUGAAUAAAGGGCCAGUUGUAUUUCAGUAUUGUAUCCUGUCAGAAUAAGUCUUAUCUUUGGUUAGUAAUGAUGUUUUAUUGGGCCAUGCACUGAAGUAGUGUUGUGUAUCUGCCAUAUGUUGCUGUUUUAGCGUCUCACUGUUGACUGGUAAUAUUUCUGACUGUGAAGUAGUGAUACUUUUCCUUUAAAAAUGCCAAUGUGAAGCCGCUGUGUUCUUGAUGUUUAGCUGUAGCUGUUAGUCGUCAACUGGGAAAAAGAACUAAUAUCUAUAUUUUCUUUGUCUGUUUCCUCCUCUGGUGCAAUGUAAAACCCUCCAAUGGUGAAUGGCUUUGCAAAAAAAGAAGAAAAACCCCUAAACCUCCCCCUCUUUUCACUUUUAUUUCCUCCCUCCCCUCUUUCCUGGCCAAACAAGUUAUAUAUUGCACUAUAAUGCGUUUUCUGUGAUGCAAACGCUUGACUUUGUGUUUAUUUUUUUCUAUUAUGAUUUGCUGUUGUAUAGGGUUCACUCUGUCAAAUCAAUUGAUUUAUAUCAAAAUUAUUUAUCAGAGAAGAAAUAAUGAUACAUUAGUCUGUCCUAAAACUGUUUAACUUAUUGGGAUUGUAUGUUUGCGAGUGUUGAAGCACAAACAAUACUUCAUGUGUACCUAAUAUGUACUAAGGCUGUCUAAUAAAUUGGCUUCGUUAAAGACUCAA